AUGGAUACUUGGCGGAGAGGGUCCAUUAAGUCCACGACGUUCUUCAGACGUUUCUCACUCAGGAGACACAAAAAGCUGGGCAACCAAGUCAUCAUCCUGAAUCAGAACAGCCACACUCUGGACAGCGAUGGACAGUGCCAGAAGAGGGAAUGCUUGAGGGAUCUGAAGGACAAGUCUGAUUACCUGUCAUGUCAGAGUGAGCAGAACUUAGCCAAGGCACAAGCACCUCCCAAGCCUCCCCGGCUGUACCUGGACAGUUCUAGCUGCCCUAACAUCAUUGAUCACACAGAUUCUCACUCUGACAUCUCAUUUUCUGGUGCUACUCAUCAAUACCACAAAGCCACUCAAACUCAAUUCCACAAGGACCAGGCUACAGACUGCGGGACCUCAGAGACAGGCUCCCAGAACGGCACCACUCUUUCUGACCUGUCCGAUCCCUUCCUGUCCUUCAAAGUGGAUUUGGGGCUAUCGCUUCUUGAGGAUGUUCUGCAGACCCUCAGGAAACAGAAUCCAAGAGAUUAUGCCAUUUGA